CGGUCGUUGCCCAACACAAAAUGGAAGAAAAUGAGACCCACACAGAAGCCAAAGUGUCCGCGGAGCCGGCUAAUGGUGAAGAUGACGCGCCCAGCCAGCACGAUCUAAUUAUCCUGCAAGCCGAGAUGCGUAAAAUGCAAAACGAGUUUAAUACGCAACGGGCAAAGAUGCGGGAGCUAUAUAUACAGAAGGAGGCAGAGGUCAGCCAGAGCCAGGCUGAGCGCAGGCAGCUGCAGGAGGAGCUGGACGAGCUGAAGACCCACCUUAUGGUGGCGGACCUCAAGUCCGAGAACGAGAUGCAGCUGAGGGAUAUUAAGGCCCAAGAGGAGAUUUCAUCGCUACAGCAGCUAGUGCAGGACACCAUUGAGGAGUCCUCCCAUUACAAGGCGGAGCUGGAGCAUCUUAAGCUUGAGCUGAGCAAAUACCACCAGAUUCACCAGCAAACGCAGACCCUGGCUCAGCAACCGCAGGCUGAGUCAUCCGGCGGAAUCGCGCCCCAAGUGCUGAAUCAGGUUAAGAAGACGCUGGGCUCGGUGCGCAAGCUGGGCAGCGACUCGCUGAACAGCAGCUUUCAGCAAGAGGAUGACAAUCGUGGAUCGGGAAAAGGCAAUGGAAAGCAAUUUCCUUCUGAGGAAGCGGAAAUGCUGCACUCGAUUGUAGAGCAGCUGCAGGAGGAGAUGAAGGCGCUAAAGGUGAAGUUGCGCGAGCAGGAUGAGCAACUGCAGUCCCGAUUAGCAGUCAGCAAAGAGGAGUCGUCGGUACACGAUGCAUCCGCCAUGCACAAGUCCACGUCCAUGGAUGUGGCCGAAUCGGGCUGCGAGGCCUGCAGUGUGGCGGAGAAAAGGGCCGAGGAGCUAAACGCACACAUUAAAAAGCAACAGAAGCAGGUGGAGCUGCUGCAGAAGCAGUUGGCUGAAUCCCGCGAGAGUAUGGCAAAAGAGGCAGCGCUGCGGAAGGAGCUGGAGGACCAGUGGCAGGAGAAACGUGAGGCCCACAAGAGCGAAGUACAAAGUCUGCGCGAGCAGGCAAAAACGAACGAGCAGCGACUACUCGACAUGCAGCAGAAGUUCCUCGAGACCAAGGAUGAGGUAAUGAAGCAGAUACAGCGUGUCACUGAUGACAGGGAGCGCGUCAACAAGCAGCUGGAGACGUUGCAGGCGGACAACGACUUUCUGUCAGGACGCUACCUGGCCACAUCGGAAGAGAUCGAGAAUCAAUACAUUAAUUUGCCCAACACGGUCGUCGAGCUGCAGGAAUUGAUUCUCCGCCAGCAAAACGAGCUGAUCCAGGCUCGUCUCAGCAGCGAGUACGAGCGACAAAAGUGCCUGAGCACCCUGGACGAGACUCAAAUCCUGCGGGCCCAGCUGGAAGAGAGCAACAACGAGCGUCGGUCCUAUAAGCGCAAAAUGCAACUAGAUAUUAAGUCAUUGCAGGAUCGUGUGACGGAGCACUUGGUCACGGUGCAGGCGCACGAGACGACAAAAACUCAACUAGAGCGCAAAGAGGCUGAGCUCAAUAAGCAGUUGUCCGAGUGUCGCGUGGAAAUUAUAGAACUGCAGGAGGCGAAUGAGAAGUAUGCCAAGACCAACGCGGAAUACAAGACGAAGAUAAAAACGCUGCAAGAGGAGCUCUCCACCAUGGAGACCGUUCAGAAGGAUUUCGUCAAACUAUCUCAAACCCUGCAGAUGUCGUUGGAGGAGCUGCGGCACGCUGAUACGGAAGUGCGCUGGCAGGACGACGAUGAUGUGAAUAAUUGUCCCGUGUGCAACGCCGGCUUUACGGUUAUGGUACGAAAGAUCCACUGCCGGCACUGUGGUCACAUCUACUGCGACAAGUGUCUAACGAAAACGGUGCCAUCUGGGCCACGGAAGCGUGUGGCCCGAGUCUGUGAUAUUUGUCACACGCUGCUCACGCCAAAUACAGCACCCUACUUCAGCCAGGGACAGGCGCCGCAGCUGGCGCAGCAGCAGCAGGGACAGCAUCAUCAGUCCAAUUAGGCAGCCGGGCUUUAAGCCCUAGUUAUUGUGUGUGUGCGACCAUGUAUUGCUCUGUUUCCGCGCUCCUUAACGAUUUACGAUUUGGGGGUCAAACCUUUCCAUUUGCCGUCUUAGGUCGAGUCAUAUCCACUUUCGCCAAUGUUUUAUUUUUCGAUUUUAAUGUACCUCUGUGCUCCAUUUAUGUUGAUCAUUUAGUUGUCUAUAAGCUUUUGUCGUAGGUAAGUUUUCAUAAUUGAAUUAAACUCAAAGCAAAUAUACAAAUUAAAAACAAA